UUAUAUAUGAAGUCAAUCGAAACAUCUGGAGACUCUUGCACUGAAACGCAGGCAAAGCUAAAACCACAGCAAAAAUUCGCGAAUCCCGCUUCCGUACAACAAUGGCGAAAGUCCCCUCUAAGCAUUCUCGCGAUCAGCCUCCGCAGGACGUCGAGGGGCUUUUGAAUAACUUACAGGACUGGGAAUUGUCUUUUAAGGAGAAAGAUAAGAAACUGAGAAUGGAUGCUUUUGGAAGGGGAAAGCUGGAUCGUGAUCCUCCAAGUCAAUCAAGUCAAAAUAAUUCUAGACUUUCUGAUAACACUAGAGUUAACGGAAGACAGACAAAAGUUAAAACAUCCUCUUCUGACAAUAAGGAUACCAUGGGACAGCAUGAUUAUGUAAAAAAAUAUGAGGCACUUAGUCGACUACCAAGCGGAGUCUCAUUUGAGGAGGGUGUUGUUGAUGCUAAUUCUGAGAAAGAAUUGGGUAAUGAUUUUUUUAAGCAGAAGAAAUUCAAUGAAGCAAUAGACUGCUACUCUCGUAGCAUUGCACUAUCACCAACUGCAGUCGCUUAUGCCAACAGGGCAAUGUCAUACAUCAAAGUUAAGAGAUUCUUGGAUGCCGAAAAUGAUUGCACUGAAGCUUUGAAUUUAGAUGAUCGCUACAUAAAAGCAUACUCUCGGCGAUCAACUGCUAGAAAAGAACUCGGGAAACUCAAGGAUUCUAUUGAUGAUGUUGAAUUUGCUUUAAGGUUGGAACCACAAAACCAAGAGAUCAAGAAACAGUAUGCGGAAUGCAAAGCUUUGCUUGAAAAGGAGAUUCUGAAGAAGGCAUCUGGGGCAUUAGUAGCAGGACCAUCGAACGGAGCACUCCAAGAGAAGGUAGGGAUUGACAAGAAGAAAUCUGCAACAAGUUCCCCUGCUAGAAGAGUGCCUAAGGUUGUUGAAGAUGAUUCCAAGGCUAAUAUUAAAGAAGUUUCAAGUCAGGCAUCUGCGGAGAACAAAGAAAACAGUAUUCUAAGUAAUGAAUCUCAUGUUGGUGCUGUCUCAGAGUGCGCUAAGGGGAAAGUCCAAAACAAGCUGGAGCUGAGGGCAUCUGUGCAAGAGCUUGCUGCAAAAGCAGCUGCUCUGGCAAAGACCGAAGCUGCAAAAAACAUUGCUGCACCAACUUCAGCUUAUCAAUUUGAGGUUUCUUGGCGAGGACUGUCUGGUGAUCGUGAGUUACAGGCUCGCUUAUUGAAGGCUACUUCACCAACUGCAUUACCUGGGUUGUUUAAGCAUGCAUUGUCAGCUCCAAUACUAAUUGAUGUCAUUAGGUGCAUUGCCACCUUUUAUAUGGAAGAGAUGGCAUUAGGUAUUGAAUACUUGCAAAGUUUUUCCAAAGUCCCAAGAUUUGAUAUGAUCAUCAUGUGCCUUUCACCAGCGGAUAAGGCUGAUCUUUCUAAGAUAUGGAAAGAAGUCUUCAGUAAGGGAACUGCAGAAUACGUGGAGAUCCUCGGUAAUUUGCGCCCAAAAUAUGGCAUAAGCCAUUGAUGAGCAUCUGCUUUUUACACCAACUCAUGGCUGAACUCCAUCCUGUCGUAUAGAAGGCUUGGUUCACAUUUUGUCGUUGAUCGCGUUCGUGUAGAAUGACGAAUGUGACAGAAGUUGAAUGAUGUGAUCCCAAUGCAUACAAGCCUGUGUAAACGCAUUAUAUUAAAAUUCGAAUACACUGAUUUGUGUUAGAUUUUGUUGAUGUGUACAGUCGACUCGGUGAUGGGCGCAUGGGAGAAUGUAUUAAUCAAAUGGUAAACUUCAUGGUACAAAUAUCAUGACUCUUCGUUGUUAAAA